AUGGGGAAGGGAGACAGCCUAGAGGCAGUGCCAAAUGCCACUUCAAAUCGCUCUGUCCUGGAAGAGUACAAUUAUAAGGUGGGCAAGGUCAUUGGCACUGGCUCCUAUGGGACCGUCUAUGAGGCUUACCACACAAAGCAGAAGGUCAUGGUGGCUAUCAAGAUCAUCUCUAAGAAGAAGGCCUCUGACGACUACCUUAACAAGUUCCUGCCCCGAGAGUUACAGGUAAUGAAAAUCUUGCGGCACAAGUACCUCAUCAGCUUCUAUCAGGCCAUUGAGACCACAUCUCGAGUGUACAUCAUUUUGGAGCUGGCUCAGGGUGGUGACGUCCUUGAAUGGAUCCAGCGCUAUGGGGCCUGCUCUGAGCCCCUUGCUGGCAAGUGGUUCUCCCAGAUGACCCUGGGCAUGGCCUACCUGCACAGCAAGGGCAUCGUGCACCGCAUUCUCAACCUGAUCAUCACCUUUUCUGCUACUGGCAGGGAUUUAAAGCUGGAAAACCUGUUGCUGGACAAGCAGGAGAAUGUGAAGAUUUCAGACUUUGGCUUCGCCAAGAUGGUGUCUUCUACGCAGACUGGCCAGAGCGAUGGCCACCGAGGGAGUAUCUUUUCCCACCUCAGUCAGACCUACUGUGGAAGCUUUGCUUAUUCCUGUCCGGAGAUCUUACGAGGCUUGCCCUACAAUCCUUUCCUGUCUGACACCUGGAGCAUGGGUGUCAUCCUCUACACUCUAAUGGUGGCUCAUCUGCCCUUUGAUGACACCAAUCUCAAGAAGCUGCUCAGAGGGACUCAGAAGGAGGUCACUUUCCCGCCUAACUAUGCCAUCUCCCAAGAGUGCAAGAACCUGAUCCUCCAGAUGCUAUGCCAAGCUGCCAAGCGUGCCACCAUGCUGGACAUCAUAAGGGACCCCUGGGUGCUCAAAUUUCAGCCUGAGGCACUCAGCUAUGAGAUGAAACUCCUUGAGGUCAUGCAACAGGCUCCCAACACCACAAAUCCUCUGAUUCCUCCACAAACCGUGGAAUGAGCUACAAGUGGUUGAGGCAAGGGGCUGAGAGGAUCAAAGCAGAGUUUGGGCUGACAAAUCUUUGACAACCAAAAUAAAUCCAAUUUUCACAUGCUUUUA